CCCCGUGUCCUAGCGACGGGGACGCGGCGGCUGCGGGACCCUCACCUGCCCCGAGCCGCCGGUGCCGGCGCCAUGAGCGGCCCGCAGGCAGGAUAUCUUGCAACCUACAACAGCCUUACAGACAAACACCUGGUUGGGUAUUUCAACAACACCAGGAUAAGACGGCAUCUUCAGAGAUCGGGACUGAUCUCAAGGAGUGGAAGAAUAAUCCCUGAGAAGGAAUACCGGCUAAAUGCUCUGAGGAGGGAUCACCAGAGAUACGUACAGGAGUGCCUGGCUCGUGCCAUAUUUCACAAGGUCCUUGACAUAGAGCGCCAUCAUCAGCGGGAAAUAAAGCAGCAGCUUGAAAGUUCUGCGAGGAAGGAGAGGGUGCAGAAGGUCAAGAUGGAGCAGUUCAGAAGAUCAGUGGAAGGUGUCAACCCUAUGCACUUCCCGCAUCCACCACUUGCUCCAAGAUAUCAUUAUGGGCUCCAUCCUUUUGUGGCUGAAGAACCAGCUGGUCACUCACAACUGAGGGCACCUGGACACUGUGAUUACAGUGGUGGACAUCCUCCUCCUCAUCACCAGUCCAAGGAGCCUGACUUUUCUAUGGUGACUUCCUGGCGACCCAACACAGCUCCAGGGAACAUGCAGCACCCCCCUCGCCUCCAGCAGCUUCGCAGCGGCGCUGCAGAGGGGUCUCUACCAAAGACUUCAAGCUCUAGCCACAGGUGCCACGUGCUGAGAUGUGUCAAGCAGUUUGUCACCAGGCAGGAGAGGAAUGGGUCAAGACUUCUGAAUUCAGUGAAGUGUGUGACUGGUGUAUCCCCAUAUCAACUCCCUGCCAUCAACAACUAUGUGGUGCCAGUGCCACCUCCUCGCCUGCAAAAAAGGGGCCUAAAUGCAGAGAGGAAUGGGAUGCCCAGAGGGAGACAAUUUCAUCUUGCCACUGCACCCAGUGAUGCAGAGCAGCCUCCAAAGAAGCCCGCUGGAGGCUUCCCCAGGUCCCCGCUCCGCAGCAACGCCUGCGUUACCAUGAUCUUCCUGGGAAAAAGCGUGCAUUUAUCUCACGAUGAUGCUGAUUGCAGGGAUGAAAUCAAAGUCUAUCAGCAGCAUUGUGGAGGAGAGAACCUCUGUGUCUACAAAGGCAGGCUGAUGGCAGGAGAGACCUUUCAGUUCAUCUCAAAGAGGCACCGUGGUUUCCCAUUCAGCCUCACCUUUUUCCUCAAUGGGAUACAAGUGGACAGGUUGAGCUGCUGCUGUGAGUACAAGCAUCAGAAACGUUCCAGGCUGGGAGGCAAACAUGGGUCCUUCGCAAUUCUCCACGUGGAGGGAGCAUCUCCUUGCUACAGGUGCAUUAUUGCAAUGGGUCUGGACAAAGAGCCAUCCCCCCCCAAGAGGAAGGUGAAGGAGGACCAUGAGGAAAAGUAUGUGGGUUUCUGGGGAGAUGGAGCCUAUAGUGAGCCAAGCAAAAGCCGUGUUGAGCAGAAAUCAAGAAGAAAUUCAGUGUUAGUCAUCCUGCCAAGUCAUGAAGCAACUGUGGAAACUGCUGGGGGUGAAAUGAAGACCAAACGGGAGUAUGGAAAAGAAGAAAUGAAAAAGUCAGCUGAUAGUGAGAGGGAAGAUGGUCAGGAAGACACCAUUAAAAAUGAGUAUGAUGAAGAUUUUGAAGCAGAUGAGGAAGUUAAUGAAGAGGGACAGACCAAUGAUCAAAUGAAUGGGAUGUCAAAGUCACCCUCAGAUGAUAAAAACCAUAAUUUAGACUAUGAAAAUGAGAGCAAAACCUCAUCACAGAAAGCACUGCAGACCUCUGACAGCGAGGAGGAUGAAAGUGAUGGGUAUUCCGACAGCAGCUCUGAGGAUGAUGAACAAGGUGGGAGGCCUGUGCACUCUCUCUCAUCCGUCAGCACCCAGUACAGCAGCGAAGAUGACUCUCGUGCUGAAACAAUGAAAGAUGAUGUUGAGGGCAAAGAGGAGCAUAACGAUGAAAGGGCAUCUAAUAACACAGCACAUGAACAGUUUGGAAAUGAGAAUGGGGAGAAUAAACUGCACAGAGUGGAGGAAAAUCAGGAAACUUCUGUACUGGAAGAGGAAGGGAUAGAUGGAGCACAAAAGGCAAAACCAGAUCUAACAGCAAGGGGAGACAAUGGAAUUUUUCAUGAAAAUACAACAGCAGUACAGCAUAAAAGUCCUGAAGUUAACAGGGAACUCGACGAGGCUGCGUCAGUCCAAAGUGACACAGGGGAAGAUGAGGAGAACACCAGUACUGGGAGAGGUGAUGGGGAAGAAGGUGUUCUAGUGCGUUUGGAAAGCAGUGUGACAGAAGUGGAGGACAGCAAUGAUGAGGAUCCUCGCAGUGACGAAGGAGGAGUUUUUGAUGAUUGCAAACCAGCCCAGGCGGAGGUGGCAAAGGCAGUUGGAAAUGAUCACCAUGUGAAUUCCGAACCUGAACCUGGUGAUUCCCAUGUGGAUGAGGAAGAAGAGCACGUAACAAGUGCAGAGCAUGGUGACAGUGAAGCACCAGAUGCAGCCUCCUUGGUAGAAGGAGCAAGAACACUUGACGAGCAGAAGGCAGCAAAACAAGCGGUACAAGAUGGGCAGAUGGAAGGGGAGAAGCAAGCACUUGAGGAGGAAAAAUCUGUGGCUGAGGGAGGAGAUGCUCGAUCCAAAGAGGCAGAAGAAGUGGCACGGGUGGGAGAUCUGCUGCCCAAGGAGGACACCGUGGCUGUGCUGCUGAUGGAGAGUCUGCUCGCGGUGCGGGAAUCUGCACCUGAGGAGAGCACCCGGGCAGAAGGAGAUCCCAAAGGACAGGAGACAUGGAAGGGAGCGGAGACUGGUGCAGAGGUGGCACCCGGGGAACAGGAGGGUGUGAUGGAGGGGAUGGGGAGCCUGGCAGCAUGGGGAGGGCAGGAACCUGAGGCCAUGCAGGGGGUUAGUUCUGCAGGUCAUGGUGUUGAGGUGGUUGAGAUGGUGUAUGAGGCUGUGCAAGGGGAAGGUUCUGCAGGUCAGGGUGUUGUGAUUGAGAUGGUGUCUGAGGGUGUUCAGGAGGGAGUAUCUGCAGGUCACGGUGUUGUUAGUGAGAUGGUGUCUGAGGGUGUUCAGGAGGGAGCAUCUGCAGGUCACGGUGUUGUGAUUGAGAUGGUGUCUGAGGACUUGCAGGAGGGACGUUCUGAAGGUCAGGAUGUUGUGAGUGAGGUGGUGAAUGAGGUCACGCAGGAGGCAGGAUCUGCAGGUCAGGGUGUUGUGAUUGAGAUGGUGUCUGAGGACUCGCAGGAGGGAGGUUCUGCAGGUCAGGGUGUUGUGAUUGAGAUGGUGUCUGAGGGUGCUCAGGAGGGAGGAUCUUCAGAUCACGGUGUUGUGAUUGAGAUGGUGUCUGAGGACUUGCAGGAGGGAGGUUCUGAAGGUCAGGAUGUUGUGAGUGAGGUGGUGAAUGAGGUCACGCAGGAGGCAGGAUCUGCAGGUCAGGGUGUUGUGAUUGAGAUGGUGUCUGAGGACUUGCAGGAGGGGGGUUCUGCAGGUCAGGGUGUUGUGAUUGAGACGGUGUCUGAGGGUGUUCAGGAGGGAGGAUCUUCAGAUCACGGUGUUGUAAUUGAGACGGUGUCUGAGGGUGUUCAGGAGGGAGGAUCUUCAGAUCACGGUGUUGUGAUUGAGAUGGUGUCUGAGGACUUGCAGGAGGGAGGUUCUGAAGGAGGCAGAAUCUGCAGGUCAGGGUGUUGUGAUUGA